AUGCCCCAGCAGAGGGCGGAGCGCAGGCUGAUGAAAUCCGGCUCUGUAUUACACGAAGCCAGCGAAGGGUUGCCCAGUUCUGUCGUACACAGAGGGCGGCUUCCGCUUUCCUUCUUCCUUCCCGUUUAGCUCAGCAAGCAGCGCGAGGUUCAGCACUAGAGCCGGUCGGUCUGUAACACAGUCUCUUCUGGCCUGCGAACCAAGCAUUUCAUUUCUCGGUGCCGGAUCAUCGGCACGUAACGGAGAGACGAGGGGGCACUUUUUUGAAGUUCGAGCUGUAUCAGCCUUGAGUAGAUACCACCAUGUGUGGCAUUUGGGCCCUUUUUGGAAGUGACGGAUGCCUCUCUGUUCAGUGUCUCUGUGCUAUGAAAAUAGCCCACAGAGGCCCAGAUGCUUUUCGGUUUGAGAAUGUCAAUGGAUACACCAACUGCUGCUUUGGCUUCCACCGUCUGGCAAUUGUUGACCAGCUAUAUGGGAUGCAACCUCUAAGGGUGAAGAAAUUUCCCUACUUGUGGCUGUGUUACAAUGGAGAAAUUUAUAAUUUCAAACAGCUGCAAAAGCAGUUUGGAUUUGAUUACCAGACCUUAGUAGAUGGCGAGGUUAUUCUUCAUCUUUACAACAAGGGAGGGAUAGAGCUAACAGCCUCCAUGCUAGAUGGUGUAUUUGCAUUCAUUUUGCUUGACACAGCAAACAGAAAAGUGUUUCUGGGAAGAGAUACAUACGGAGUCAGACCGUUGUUCAAGGUCCUGACUAAUGAUGGAUUCCUGGGUGUCUGCUCUGAAGCAAAAGGUCUUAUCAACUUGAAGCACAACAUGUCCUUUGCUCCAAAAGUGGAACCUUUCCCUCCAGGACACUAUGAAGUGUUGGAUUUAAAGCCGAGUGGCAAAGUUGCAUCAGUGGAAGUGGUAAAAUUUCACAGCCCUAAAGAUGAACCUCUGCACGCUGCCUACAGUGCAGUUCAAAAUCUCCCUUCAGGCUUUGAUGUCGAAACGGUGAAAAGCAACAUUCGACUUUUGUUUGAAAAUGCUGUCAGAAAACGUUUGAUGGCACACAGAAGAAUUGGUUGUCUCCUAUCAGGUGGCUUAGAUUCUAGCUUGGUUGCUGCAAUGCUAACCAAACUGAUGAAAGAAGGAAACAUUACAUAUCCCUUGCAAACCUUUGCGAUUGGGAUGGAAGAUGCUCCUGACCUGCUGGCUGCAAGAAAGGUAGCAGCUCACAUUGGAAGUGAACAUCACGAGGUCAUUUUUAAUUCUGAAGAAGGGAUUCAAGCACUAGAAGAUGUCAUAUUUUCCUUGGAAACAUAUGACAUUACAACCGUGAGAGCUUCAGUGGGCAUGUAUCUGGUCUCCAAAUACAUAAGAAAAAAAACAGACAGCACAGUCAUUUUCUCAGGAGAAGGCUCAGAUGAGCUGACGCAAGGUUAUAUCUAUUUUCAUAAGGCACCCACACCAGAAGAAGCUGCCGAGGAAAGUGAGAGACUCCUCAGAGAACUCUACCUAUUUGAUGUCCUCCGUGCUGACAGGACAACGGCUGCCCAUGGUCUAGAACUGAGAGUUCCAUUUUUGGAUCACCAGUUUACUGCUUAUUACCUGUCUUUGCCAGCAGAACUUAGGAUACCAAAGAAUGGAAUUGAGAAACAUCUCUUAAGAGAGGCCUUUGAAGAUACCAACUUGUUGCCUAAAGAAAUCCUCUGGAGACCGAAAGAAGCCUUCAGUGAUGGCUUAACUUCUAUCAAGAAAUCAUGGUUCUCAAUACUCCAGGACUAUAUUGAUAUUCAGGUUGACGACUUUCUGCUGGAGAAGGCAGCAGAGAAAUUCCCCUUCAAUCCCCCUAAAACAAAAGAAGGCUUCUACUACCGCCAGAUCUUUGAGAAGCAUUUUCCAGGCUGCUCCGACUGGCUCCCUCACUACUGGAUGCCGAGGUGGAUCAAGGCCACGGAUCCAUCUGCUCGCACCUUGAAACAUUACAAAUCUGCUACAAAAGAAUAGACAUUUUAAUCUCUUUAGAAGUUGCUCUGUCCCAGUGGUUUCUUAGCCUAACUUUGGCGCAAAAGGGAAAGCAAGAGAACAAAGCUUUAAAAAAUAAAAUAGACAAAUGUGCAAAUCCCUUUCAGAUAAAAUGAAUCUGUGCUACUGAUUUAACAGUGGCCAAAACAGAAUUUUUGUUUAUACCUAAGCUGCAUUUUACAGUCAAUAUACUCCAAAAUAACCUCCUUGAAACCAGUGGGACUGCUCAGGGACUCCACCGUUGACAGCACCUUUGACUACAAUUCUGCAUGCAGCCAGCUUGAAUCCUACUGAAGUCCAAUGAGAUUUCAGCAGCCAAACGGUGCAUCAGAUUUAAGGACUUCUAAGUGCAUUUUUUCCUACUAUCGCAGUGCUGGUUUCACACUUUUGCCUUAAUACUCUCUUAUGUGUCUACUGAACUUGGACAUCCUAUCCAGGCUAUUAUGUUUGAAACCUGACCUUCACAUUGCUAAUGGUAAACACGCGUGUUGGCAAGUCAGGUGGUGAUCAGGACUGGCCCUACCAUGAGGCAAAAUGCUUGUGGGUAUCAUGCAACAGCAACAAAUUGUUUGUUAUUUAUACUCUGGUUUCUCUUCAGAUGGUGUAAAUCUUUCACCUUUUACUUUACUUGUUAUUUUAUUAUGACUGUAUUUUUACUCCUAGUGAAAGGCCCUUGUGGUUUUUUGCUACUAAAAUAACUUGAUUGGCCAUAGGUAUUACUGUACCUUGACUUGGAGGGACUACAGGGAUUUUAUUUUCCUAUAUCGUCUUUUUGCAAAUAGAGAUAAAUUGGGGUGGGUGAAGAAAAGGUGGUGGUUUAGAUUCAAGUCUGGUUUGUUUGGUCUAAGCCAUCCACAGCUCUGUAUGCCUGUAAAACACUUGAAGGUUGUAAUAUGACCCAGUUCAUAAGUGCAGCUUCCAGCAAUGAUUCCCCCCCAAAAAACUGGCUUGAUUUAAAGCAGGUGUGGGGAACCUUUGGCCUUCCAGAUGGUGCUGGACUGUAAUUCCCAUCAGCCCCAGCAAGCAUGGCCAAUGGCCAGGGAUGAUGAGAGUUGUAAUUCAGCAACAUCUGGUGGGCCAAAGGUUCCUCAAACCUGGUGUAAGGCAUCCAUGUAGCUGUACCUGAGCAACCUAGGGAUAGCACAUUGUCUUCCACAUCAUUUUAAAACCAUAGACCAGUAGUGGGCAGACUUCAGGUUUGUCGCAUCUCUCUUCUCCCCCAAAUGCCAAGAUCAACUCAUCAAAGCCAAGUGCAAAACAUGUAGUUAGAAUUCAAGGACCAGAUGCCCCUGAAGCACAUUCUAACCUAGGAAUUUGUACCAGACCUAAACUGAACUCACAGUCCUUUCACACAGAAGUCCAGUCCUGGUUAGCUUUCUUCAUUUCAGCAGUCUGAUUUAGGUGCAAAAAAUCACCUUUGUUGCUGGUAGUGCCAAACAAGAAACAUUUGCUGUCUCAGUAUACGUCCGUUUCCUAAUUAAUGGAUGUUCCAGAGUUGUUCUCUUUGUAAUAAAGUAGGACUGCCAUCUUCACUACCUCUGCUUGCUUCUGUUUUAGCCAGGUGGGCUGGACCUUUUUUCCCUGAGGCCAUCAGUACCAACUGCCCUGCAAGGAAGAGAAGAUCAGGAUGGAUGCAAGGCUAUGUUUUUAGUCUUGUUUUUCCAGCUGUGAGCAGCGCACAGCAGCAAGUCCAUCUCCUCUAGUGGUAUCACUUUAUAACUAAGAACUCAUGCUUGGGUUUGCCUUUUUUCUCCUCCCUCCCACUAACUCUUCCCUUUUGUGUCAUGCCUUUUACAUUGUAAGCCUGGGGGCAGGGACUGUUGCUGAUCUUUGUACGCUACCCUACUAAUUUUUAUUGUUAUUGCUAAAGAGUGGGGUGCAAAUGCAGUCAGGGAUGGGGAGCAUGUGGCCAUAUAGAUGUUGUUGGACUCCAGUUCCCAUCAGCCCCAGCUAGCAUGGCCAGGAGUGACGGGAGCUGUAGUCUAAGAACAUCUGGAGAGCCACAGAUUUCCUGUCCCUGCUCUAAAUAAAUAAUAUAAAAUAAACUGCUGAGCUGUUACUUAUUUUAAUUUUAUUUAUUAUGACAUUUAUAUCCCACCUUUCCUCCAAGGAGCUCAAGAUGGCAUAUAUGGUUGUCCCCUCCCCAUUUUAUCCUCACAACAACCCUGUGAGGUAGGUUAGGCUGAAAGGCAGUGACUGGCCAAGAUCACCCAGUGAGCGUCAUGGCUGAGGGGAUUUGAACCAUGGUCUCCCAGGUCCUAGUCCAACACCCUAACCAUUGCACCGCAGUGCUGUGAUGACCAAUUGCAUAAUGGGCAAAAUUCCUGAAUCGUGUAAGAGCUGAGUUUCAUUUCAUUAGAUGAGGUGCAAUUGUAUAGUCAUGCACCAUACAGACAUUCCUUUUGCUGCACAACUGUGCAGCAUCUGUGUCCUCUGCUACAUCUGCUUUUGAUAGUCUGGGGCAGUGGCAGCGUGUGUGUUGAGCAGCACCCUUGUGGUGACACUGUGUUUACCAGGAUGGAAAUGGAGCAGAGCAGGGCAAUGUGGCAGAGACUGGGGGAGUAGGUUGGCAGUAGUCCUGCAUCUGCCUGAAUUGGGCUGCCACUCCCAACCUAAAGCUCCCCUGACCUUGCUGCUCCCUUUCCCCUACCUUAUCCCUAUCCCAAUGCUGGUGAGCAGCAGCUUCACCAUCACUGGGAGGAUGCCAUGCUGCCUGCCCUCAUGUGCCACUGCAGUCCAGGGUUAGUGAGCCUGUGGCCUCCCAUAUUUUGAUGAGCCACAACUUCCAUCUGGAGAGCCACGUAUUCCUUUGGUAUUCAGUAUUCUGGCAGCAGCAAUCCUAUACCCACUUAACCAGGGGUAAACCGCAUUGAACUUGGUGGGAUUUGUUUCUAAAUAGGCACAUAGAUAAUUACACUGCUUAUCUGUUUGAAUGAGAUGGCUACAUUUUUCCUUAGCAAUAACCAUCGUAACUUAUGUAUAGAA